UGGGCGGCGCCGGUCCCGAUAAAGCGCAGCAGGAGGAGGGGAGUCGGUUGUUCCAUUGUGUUGAGAGGGCAUUGUCCAAUUAGGCGGAGGGAACUAUUGUGCUGCGGCCUUUGCCCGCUAAUACGCGGUGCGCUCUGUACAUGCCCGGGAGAAAUACUUAACCUCAUUGACGCUUGUUAUCCACUGAGCCGUGGGAAGCUCCCGGGGUGCUGCUCUUCCUUGGGGGUUUGGAGGCCUCCGGAGACUUAACGGCUUUCAAUAUGCAGAAUGAGAUGUCCAGGAUUCCCAUCUACAGCUUCCAACAGCCCAAAGUGAUCAGUAUGCCAACAGAUCCACAUUCAAAAGAGCAAUGUUUUGUCAAACCUGACCCGGGCCCCCUGAAAGCUCCUGAUUUCACUUUUGGUGAAAAUGUUCCUGUGCGUGCUGCCCUCAAAGACACAAAUCAAAGGUUCACGAAGAAGGCAACACAGCCACCACCUAAGAAAGCAGCAACGUCAAAUGCUCGAACCCCUAUGAGCAGAUACAGACGGGAGGCUGAGCUCAGAAACAAGAACAAGCAGUUGGAGUCUGCUAAAUGGGAAGUGAGCUCAAAGCUGAUGGAAGCAGAGAAAGAUCUGAAGAAUGUGAAGGAGCAGUGCGAUAGUCUGGAAAAAGAAAACCAGAAGCUGAAGAAAUUUCAGGAGAGCUGCAUGUUGAUCUUGGCAGCUAGGAAUUGUGACCCGGCUACAGGUGACAAAAUUUUGGAAGAGGAUGAGGAGAACAAGAAGACACAGGCUGAAAUAAUGGAUUUGAUGGAGAAGCUGACUAGUGACCUUGAACUAUUCACCCAGAUGGCAAAAGAGCAAAAAGAGAAUCUUCAGAAGACACACAUCAAAUGGAAGCAGGUGGAGGAGGAACAGGCCCAUUUCUUAGAGCAGGAGCAGUGUUUUCAUAGAGAAAUGGAAGAUUUGUUUGCCAUCUUGGAUCAGGCAGAGGAACUUGUUAAUUCAUCGUAACAAGAACUGAGCCAUGUAAUCUUGUGCUGAUCUGCUUCCUUAUUGGACUCCAAUAUAUAGAGCAGGGGUAUCCCUUGGAACUUUAUAGUUUUAAUAAGGUUUGUCUUUGAAACCCUUUGGUUUUUUUCCUUUUCUCUUUUUUUGUAAUUAAUUUUU